AUGCUUUACGAUCCUGAGUUGCAACAUCUCAUUAGCUUCGAAAGCGGUGGCAGAACUAGCAUACAGAAGGCUUCUUCUCCACCAGAAGGAAUAUCGUGUAUUCUGAGACUGGCGCUUGUUUUCAAAUGCCAGGUGUAUGUUUUAGAUUCCAUAAGAUCCGGCCUGGGUCUACGGACGCUGCAAAACGGAGUCUACGGGCGGAUUCUUAAGCCAAUUUUUGACUCUCUUGACAUUCGCCACACAUACAUAGCGACAGACUCCCGACAUGCCAUCGGAGAUUUUGCACUGUCACUCGAAGAUAGUGGAGUACCGAUAAUGGUGAUAAUCGCAGGCGGUGACACCUCGGUGAACGAAUUUGUCAAUAGCCUCAACAAAGAUCAAAAGGGAGAAAUUUAUAUUGCUACCGUCCCAGAGGGAACAGGGAAUGCACUAGCACUUUCCAAUGGAUGUGGGGAGGAAAAAGAGGCAGUCAAGUGCAUCCUUCUGGCUUCGGUGAAAAGGCCUCUCCAAUUGUAUCUGGUUGAAUUUCCGUCUGGCUCCGAAGUGCUACACCAUGAUGGAUUAAAAGAAACACUUCAAGGGCGCCUUCUUUUCGUAGUAGUAGCCUCUUGGGCGUUUCAUACUUCAUUAGUCGCUGAUAGUGACACGGAUGAAAUGCGCAAGCAUGGGAUCAAUCGCUUUAAGAUUGCUGCAGAGAAUAAUUUAACACGGCCACAAAAAUAUUGUGGUGAUGUGACUAUUGGAAACGAUAGAGCGCUUCAAGGACCUUUAGCGUAUUUUGUGGUUACUCCAGCACAGAGGUUUGAGCCAACUUUCGAGAUUCUGCCUAGAGGAAACAUUCACGAUUCCAGUUUAUAUGUGGUGGCUUUCCAGACAGAAGAGAACGACUCGUAUAUAAUGGACAUUAUGGGCAAAGUUUAUGCUGGUGGAAAGCAUGUGGAUAUCCCUAACGUGUUUUAUGAGGAAGUGAAGGAGUCAGAAAAUGUGAUUUUGUCUUUGGGCGCAAACCUACCACUUAGUCAAAGACGAUUCUGCGUGGAUGGAGCUAUCGUGGUUAUUCCUGAGACCAAAGAGAGUGCUGUAGAAAUCAAAUAUCACGGUCAUACCAUUGGGAGCUGGGAUCUCUAUAUUAUUUCUUGA